UAAGUUUCAUAGCCUUGAUUCUACUGGGUCUUUCGAAGCGAAAUUUCAGUGCCGGCUUUCGAUCACAGAGACUGGUAGAAUCCAUGGCCUCCUCUAAGCUUCUGAUGCACAAGCAAUUCAGGAAGAAGAUGGUGGAAUCGGUUGCGGUUCCGGCUCCUCCGAGGCCUUGUUCGAGAAACCCUAUCAAUUCCUCCUCUUGUAAUCACUUAUCCGAUUCUUCGCAGUCUUUGAUUCAAAACUACUCCAAUUUCAAGGCCAGUGGUUUGCCUUCUCGUUUCAUGUUCUAUCAGGAUAGGUUGUGGGUUGAUUUCGAUACUCAAGUGAUUGGAAUAUUGCGAGCGGGUUUCUCCGACCGGAAUCCGGCGAUUGAACUGGAAAUCGAUGGAUCGACGUAUCUGUUUGAUAUGUAUAGGAUGUUACAGAUUGAUUUAGAAACUGGUAGACAGAGAUCGGUUGCUUGGAUCGAUGAAAAUGGGAAGUGUUUUUUCCCCAAAGUCUUUAUCGGCGAUGAGAGUGAAGGAAAUACUCGGAGUUUGUCGAAUCCGAAAAUUGAAAUUGAGAUUAAGUUUGAUGGGAAGUCCGGGAAACGAAAGAGGGAAGCGAUGGAGAUGGAGGAGGAAGAAAAUUAUGUGAAUUCCAGCAAUGAACAUGUGGAAGUGAAGCCAUUGAAAAUGCCGCGUGUUGUUGCGAAUGAUUCAGAAGCUCAUGUCUGGCCGAAGGCGAAGGCGCUGAGUGAAGGAGAUAGUGCGUACACGUUGGUAAGCAAUUUCUUUCUCCCUUCGAUUAAAAAGGUUGAUCCCAGUUCUGCAAUCACCUCAAUUCAUCAGUGCACCCGCACGGGGCCAUUGGAAAAAGCUCGCCUCGAUGUGUUUCAAAAGCAGAAUGAGAUUACAACGGCUGCCCGUGGUGUGUCCAAUAUGGUUUAUGCAUGGUAUGGAGCUUCUGCAACAAGUUUGGCGGGAAUUUUGGCUCAUGGAUUUGGGGAGCCUCUUCAGGUGCCUGCCGCCGAUACUCAUGGAAUUGGAGUUUAUUUAUCUCCAUUGGGCUUGCCUCAUUUAUGUUCUACGCUAUCAGAGGCCGAUGAGGAUGGUAUAAAACAUAUGGUUUUAUGUCGAGUAAUAUUGGGUAAUGUUGAAAAGGUUGAAGCAGGAUCUCAGCAAUCCCAUCCUUCGAGUACAGAGUUUGACACUGGUGUGGAUGAUCCAACAUGUCCUAAACGGUAUAUUGUAUGGUGUAGUAAUAUGAACAGACACAUUUUACCAGAGUACAUAGUGAGUUUCAGAUCAAAUUAUCGUUUGCCAGGUAAGUUGGGGGAAUCGACAGAUACGAAGUAUUCCCUCGUGAAAUUACUUUCGAAGAUGAAGAAUUCCCUGCCUACCUCUAAAGUUCAAGAGGUUGCGACAUUGUUUCAGACAUUUAAGGCAGGAAAAUUGGGAAAAGAUGUUCUUGUUAAAAGGCUUCGAUCAAUUGCUGGAGAUGACAUGCUUCUAUCCUUGAUUCGUGAAAUUCGAGAAUGUCAAUGAGGCUGGAAAGAUGGCGACAGAUUGUUGAGACUGGUGUCCAGGCCAGUUAUCUGGAUGACAGAUCUUUAGCAGAAAAUAUUUGCAUUCAGAGGUGGGUUAAUGUUGAGUUCUAUAUAAUUUUGGCACCAUCAAUGAUUUCUCUCUCUUUGCUAGUGCUGACCCUGUAUGAUUUGUAUUUUUUAUUGUGAUACUUCUUUGUUUUUAUUACCUGGUAAGGUAGCUGAUGAAGUUGAUUGUGUAUAAGGAACCUUUUGUCAAGGGCAAGAUGAAGAAAAAUUCUUGCUUUGUGAGGGUAGAGCUCUUGGAUUCCUGAAUCUUGUUGUGAAAUCUCUUGCGAAUCUGAUCUUAUGUGCGUGAAAACCAUCCCCCAUGCAUCAAACUGAGUUCUAAUAAAAAUAAAGAUCUUGUCUGA